CGCCACGACCGACAAGCACGACAACGACGAGAUUCGUAACUCCAGCCCCGGGAGUUUACCUUUGUCAACCCUACUAACCCGACAACAUGGCUGCCACUCAGGGUGCUAUCUCCAAGAGGAGGAAGUUCGUCGCUGACGGUGUCUUCUACGCCGAGCUGAACGAGUUCUUCCAGCGCGAGCUCGCCGAGGAGGGCUACUCGGGCGUCGAGGUCCGCGUCACCCCCACCGUCACCGACAUCAUCAUCCGGGCCACGCACACACAAGAGGUCCUCGGCGAGCAGGGCCGUCGUAUCCGCGAACUCACCUCGCUCAUCCAGAAGCGCUUCAAGUUCCCCGAGAACUCCGUCUCCCUGUAUGCCGCCAAGGUGCAGAAUCGCGGUCUCUCCGCCGUCGCUCAGUGCGAGUCCCUCCGAUACAAGCUCCUCAACGGUCUGGCCGUCCGCCGGGCAUGCUACGGUGUGCUGAGAUUUAUCAUGGAGAGCGGCGCCAAGGGCUGCGAGGUUGUCGUUUCCGGAAAGCUCCGGGCUGCCCGUGCCAAGAGCAUGAAGUUCACCGACGGCUUCAUGAUCCACUCCGGCCAGCCGGCCAAGGACUUCAUUGACACGGCAACUCGCCACGUCCUCCUCCGGCAGGGUGUGCUGGGUAUCAAGGUCAAGAUCAUGCGCGGCUCUGACCCCGAGGGCAAGGCCGGCCCGUCCAAGACCCUCCCCGAUUCCGUCACCAUCAUCGAGCCCAAAGAGGAGCAGCCCGUCCUGCAGCCCAUGUCGCAGGACUACGGCGCCAAGGCCCUCGCCGCCCAGCAGGCGGCCGAGCAGCAGCGGCUGGCGGAGCAGCAGGAGGGUGGCGAGGCGCCCGCGGAGGGCUACGCUGAGCAGGAAUAGAUGCAACCAGUGUAGAUUGCGAUGCGGGUGAGGGUAUCGAGGGGAAAUUCGAAAUCGGUGGGACAGGCAGAGGCAAAAACGGAAGGAAUGGGAAUGGGAAUCAGUAAUGAUGUAAUGGCAUCAUGAAGUACCAUAUCACACAUAACAUCUUCCUUUUGCAUUCGGACUCGGCAUUCGGAUGGGCGAACUCUUUUUGAUCAAAGGGAUGUUUCUUACGGAGUCUAUAAACGUGCUGUACUCUGAAUUUUUCAAAAACACCCAUAUCAAAUGAGCUUGCUUGACUUGCCAUUCGAACUGCAAUUACCCUUGCUUCAUAUGUAUGCCAGGGCUCGCAUUUAUUAAUGGCAAGUUGAUGUGUAGGUCGAGCACAGAUCCGAAUCUACUUUAUCAUUUCGCUGUAUAUAUACG